AUGGUACGUCGCAGCGCUGGUUUCGUAAGUAAACGUGCACAUCGAAAGUCAAGAGGCGGUUGCCUGACGUGCAAGCGAAAGAAGGUGAAGUGCGACGAGGAUCAGCCAGCCUGUGGAUACUGCUCACUGAGGAGACUAAAUUGCGAAUAUCCUCAAGAAGCCUUAUCGAAUGCGCCGUUGUCGGUAUCAUCAUCUUCAUCAUCACCAUCCAGCAAAGCCUCUCCCAAGAGUACGAGUCCAUUCGAUGCAGUCGACUUCAAUGAGUUUUCAAUACAAUCCUGGCUAGUGCCGGUGGUACACACAUCAUCUGGAUACCUUUCAUCAAUCGACCUUGAGCUCCUCCACCACUAUAAAACAGCAACAUGGCGCUGCCUUCCAGCUCGCGAAGACGAAAGUGUCGGUAUAGUACACAGAGAGCUAGUGCCCCAAAUGAGCCUCUCGAAGAAUUACCUUCUCUACGCAGUUUUGAGUAUGGCAGCAUCACACAGCAACUCUCUACGUCCACGCAAAGACCUUGAAAAGCAGGCGUUGAUAUACCGGCAAAAGACGUUCUCAGCAUACACCCAAGCACUGCAGGACAUAACAACAGAGAAUUACGAAAGUGUUAUUCUGACAGGAACGUUUCUGCUGUCUCUGGUCCCUCUACCAGAGUCCUCCACCUCAGAAGAGUAUCUGGACUGGAUGUACACAAUUCUGAAGAUGAGCGAGGGCCUACGCAUCCUCGCGUCCCUCCGCUGGUCCGCAGGCAUCGAAAAGCUCUCCAUCUAUCCCCUCAUUCUCCGCGAAUUGCGAACCCUCCCACCGCCACCCAACAUGAACACCUCUUCUCAUCACACUCAGGCAGGUCCUGUCGGCGCAACUCCCGACCACCCCAAUCCAGCGUCAACAUACUUCUUUACACAUCCCAACUCCGCACCUCUGUUUCUUCCCCCGUCUCUCAUGGCCCUCCUCGCACCCAACUCGGAACACCACGACAUCUUAGUCCCGGUCUUUCAUGCCCUCUCCCCGAUCUUCCUGUCAUUGUAUUACUACCACCUGAGCCCGGAUUUCUUCGUCCGCAUACACGUCUUCUGCUCGUUUCUGAUGCCGGACUUUCUAAAACUGGUCAAAGACAAGGAGCCAAAGGCGCUGGUGCUGGUUGCGUGGUGGUUUGCCCUUGCGGGUUGGACGCCAAAGGGAUGGUGGGUUGGUGAGCCAGUACGGCAGGUUGUGGGGGCGGUGGGGAGGCGUGUGAGGAGGGAGGGUGAAGAGUUGCUAAGUGAGGCGAUUGAGGGUGCGGAAAGGAUUGUGGAAAUAUUCGACAGGGAGGGAAGGGAGAAGGCAGCGGAGACUGUGUUUGGAGGAUGGGAGGGCGUGGACUGGAACGAAGGGCCUGUGAGGGCGGACGAGUGGGAUAUGAGAUUGUUUGAGGACCCGGAU